GGCAAUGCUCCAUGACAUCACAUGUAAAUAUUAACACACACACAUAUAUAAACACACACACAAUCGUCUGCCAUGCACAUUUUGUUUAUAAUUGUACCAGUGGCAAUGAGGAACACUGUAAUUGUUUUGCUGUUGGUGUUUAUGCAACACAGUAAAGCCGAUGAUGAUAAGAUCAUCGGGGGUUAUGAAUGUACUCCUCACUCCCAGCCCUGGCAAAUUUAUCUAACCUAUGAUGAUGGAGAGCGCUGGUGCGGUGCAUCCUUAAUAAACAACAGAUGGGCUGUGUCUGCUGCUCACUGUUACCUUCCGGCUCAUCGUCUUGCUCUUCACCUGGGAGAACACAAUGUGUUCACUGACGAAGGCACAGAACAGAGAAUUUGGGCUGAGAAGGCCAUACCACAUCCCGACUAUAAUGACAGAACAUAUGACAAUGACUUCAUGCUAAUCAAACUGAGCCAGCCUGCAGUUUUUAACCAGUAUGUGAACCCUAUACCUCUGGCGUCCUCUUGUGCGGUGGCAGGGGAGGAGUGCCUGGUGUCUGGAUGGGGAAAUCAGAUCAACACUGGAGUGAUUUAUGCAUCUGUACUGCAGUGCCUGAACGUGCCUGUACUCUCACACUCAAAAUGCGUGGGGGCUUAUGGUUCAAGAAUCACUAAUAACAUGUUCUGUGCUGGGUACUUGGAAGGAGGCAAAGAUUCAUGUCAGGGUGACUCUGGUGGUCCGGUUGUAUGCAGUGGAGAGCUGAAGGGAGUUGUAUCCUGGGGCGAUGGAUGUGCUCUCCCUGGCUUACCUGGUGUUUAUGCUGAAGUCUGUCGCUACAUUGACUGGGUCAAUACCAUCAUGGCAACCAACUAAGAGAGAAAAUUCUGUUAUGAUACUUUGUUCUAUGUAAUAAAUCUGAUUACACUCAAUAAAUGACAUUCAUUCAUGUUA